AUGGCUGCCGCUUCUACUAAAUCUUCAGCAUCGAAAUCAGCAAGCUCUGCUGGUGCUUCUUCAACUCCAGCAGCCGCAUCUGCUCCAGGUUUUCAAAUUGACCAGGAAAAAUUGCUCCAGACUGUCCAGACUCUCCAAUUUGGCUGGUUUGCUGGUAAUCUCCUCACCGUAUUGGGCUUUGCUCUUUACGCAUUUACUUACUUGGGAUUUAUGCCCUUGUUCUACAAAAAAUUAUACAAGCCUUUCUGGUUGCUCACAUUGCUUGGUGUCUUGAUUUCUUUUGGAAUCUUGAUUUUCCAAUUGAUUCAAAAGAAUGGUCCAAGAAUGGGAUUGAUUAUCAAGGACGACAACACUCAUUACCUUUUGCUCGGUGGAUUUUUGUUGUUCCUUAGACCAUAUGUCAUCUUGACCUUGGUUCCAUUCUUUGUGUUUUCAAUCUUUCACGUUUUGGCCUACCUCAAUGGCUACAUCUUGCCCAUCUUUGGUUUGGAGAAGAGCUUGGCCUCUAAAUAUUUAACUAGCUUUGUUAGUGCCAACAAUGCCAAGUCGAUUCAAGUUGCUAGUGGUAUUGAAUUGAUCACUUUGGUUUGGUUGGUCUUGAGAAUGUUGGCAUUCAGAAAGAGAUCAUUAACCCCUGUUUUGGUCUACUUGGUGUUCUUGAAGAAGAGAUAUGAGGUUAGUCCAUUCACCAGAAACUACUUGAAGGUUGUCAAAAACACAAUUGACCAAUUCGUGACUGACUUGAACCAGCCUAUCUUGAAACAAGGCUGGGACCACAUCGUACAUGCAUUUGCCGUAAUUGACCAAUAUAAGUUGGUUCACGAUUAUUCUGCUGCUGAAAAGGCAGAGUAA